UGUUUAUUGCUGAUAGCGGACGAAAGCGGAUGCCUGAGAUUUCAGAGAAUAAAGCCGCAGACGGGGUUUGUUGUGUAUUUAGUGAUAUAGAAACAUAAAGUUGGCGGACAGGUGUUAUUUUUAAGAGACAUUUUCUAUUCCUGUGGUCUUUAUUACUUUAUUAGUCUUUACUGAGCGGCCGUUAGCGUCCGAAGCUGUAGCAGACCGUUAGCCGCUAGCUAACAAGGAGACAGGAUGUGAAUGAAUCCGGACGGGACCAGCAGCCAGUCAGUCACACCCCUGUCUGGGAACAGCUGAGGAAGCUUUUAGCUCAGCAGGACGCAGUAACUGUCUCUCUCUUCUCCACAAUGUCUCCCACUAACACGUGUUAGCAUCUAGCCGCUGGAUUUAAGUGAAAGCGUGGACUUAUUAUGGCCGACUCAUCAGCAUCAUGGCCCGGGCAGAGGUGAUAACCCACACCAGGCUGUGUGCUGCAGAUCCAGCCUCCCUCCGCGGCUAGCCGGAACACACACAUCCAGACCCCGCAGCCUGCCGGACGCGUCAGCGGCCAGCGUGGAGCGAUGAGCUCUCCGGUUUACACGUUCGUUAGCCGCGACGACAACAGCACGAUUUAUGCUGAAGUGUCUAAAAUGCUGCUGGCCACCGGCCACUGGAAGCGGCUGAAAAGAGACAAUCCCCGGUUCAACCUGAUGCUCGGGGAGCGGAACCGGCUGCCAUUCGGACGCCUUGGCCAUGAACCAGGACUGGUGCAGCUGGUGAACUACUACAGAGGAGCAGACAAGCUUUGCAGAAAGGCAUCGCUGGUCAAGCUAAUCAAGACCAGCCCGGAGCUGUCCGACUCCAGCAACUGGUUUCCAGAGUCCUACAUCAUCUACCCCACGAACCUCAACACCCCUGUAGCUCCGGCUUCCAACGGCAUCAGUCACCUGAAGAGCAAUCCCAAAACGGAUGAGCGGGAGGUUUUCUUGGCCUCGUACCACGCCAAGAAGGAAAAUGGAGAGGGAAGCGUGUGGAUCGCCAAGUCUUCUGCUGGUGCUAAAGGAGCUGGUAUUCUGAUAUCACACGAUGCAAAUCAGCUGCUGGACUACAUUGACAAUCAGGGACAGGUUCAUGUCAUCCAGAAGUACCUGGAGAAACCUCUGCUGCUGGAACCCGGUCAUCGCAAGUUUGACAUCAGGAGCUGGGUGCUGGUGGACCAUCAGUAUAACAUCUAUUUGUACCGGGAGGGCGUGCUGCGGACCUCGUCGGAGCCCUACAACAGCGCGGACCUCCAGGACAUGACCAGCCACCUGACCAACCACUGCAUCCAGAAGGAGCACUCCCAGAACUACGGCCGCUACGAGGAGGGCAACGAGAUGUUCUUUGACGAGUUCAGGCUGUACCUGCUGAACACCCACAACGUCACCAUGGAGACAACCAUAUUACCUCAGAUCAAACACGUCAUAAAGAGCUGUCUGUCCUGCAUCGAGGCGGCGAUCAGCACCAAGCACCUCUCCUACCAGAGCUUCCAGCUCUUUGGCUUUGACUUCAUGGUCGACGAGAACUUCAAAGUGUGGCUCAUCGAGAUCAACGGCGCUCCGGCCUGCGCCCAGAAGCUCUACCCAGAGUUGUGUCAAGGCAUCAUCGACGUGGCCAUCUCCAGUGUCUUCGCUCUCAACAGUGACUCCUCGUCUGCGUCUUCCUCGCCUUACUCCUCCUCCCCUUCUUCCCUCUUCACCACCAACUCCUGCUCCUCCCCGAAGCUGAGGGGGCCCCUGCACGUGGGUCCUUUCACUCGCCUCUAGGGACAACCCACUCUCCUGUCUGCUGAAAGCGUCACCGCCAUCCGUCCAAACUCAUAACCUGCACCUGUGAGGAGAAGCACACCUGGAGACACUUGGUCUAGACCUUCUUUUUACAGAGCUAGUUAAAGUGCAGAGAAGGUGGUGUGAGGAUGGUGGGAGUGGAUCAGAAAACACUCCGUGGGCUUUCUGAAUGAAGCCAGGUGGGUCCCCUGGUUGUGGAUGAAGGAAGGAAGGAAGGAAGCUGAGAUGAGACUUACUGUGCCUUACGUUUCCCGCCGCCCCCCCUCAGACUGCCACUAAAGAUCGCUGUUAUUGGCUCUGGUUGUAUAAGCCCCUCCCCUCUAUUGUUGCUACACAUCAUCAACGCCCACAACAUCUCUCCACUAAAAAAUAACAGUGACCAGAUGAUGUGAUAUAUUUAAUGUAUUGAACUUCAUGGAGUUUUACUCGUAUCACAUAAAAGAGCGGUUCUACCCA